GGCCAAAAACGAGACUGUUUCAGUUCCCGCCCUACGAAGCUUCCUCCAGUUGCAAAGCUAUAAACACGCGCGGAAACCCUCACUUUCACCACACGCGCCACUUCCCUAUAUGUCCCCGAGAAACCCUACCGGCGAACCACUGAACCAUGAAUCCCACAUCGAGCACCACCUUUGUCUCUUCCUCUUCCUCCGGCUCGAACAGCACCACUAGUUCAUGGCUCGUGCACGGCCUACUCUCCGGAGCCGCCAUCGUUGCCGCGGCUGGGGCUUACAUAGCGAUAUCCACGCGCCGAUCAGCGAAGUUUCGGAUCCGGGUGGUUGGAAUCAUACCGGCUCGUUUCGGUUCCUCCAGAUUCCAAGGCAAACCACUGGUCCCAAUCCUCGGAAAACCCAUGAUUCAGAGAACAUGGGAAAGAGCCAAACUUGCGACCACAAUAAACAAACUUUUUGUGGCCACCGAUGAUGAGAGGAUAGCAGAAAUCUGUCUAGGGUUUGGAGCUGAUGUGAUAAUGACAUCAGAAUCUUGUCGAAAUGGAACUGAACGCUGCAGCGAGGCACUUCAACAGCUUCGAAAGAAAUUUGACAUUGUUGUUAACAUUCAAGGAGAUGAGCCUCUUAUAGAGCCCGAGAUAAUAGAUGGGGUUGUCAAAGCUCUGCAGGCAGCCCCAGAUGCAGUAUUCAGCACUGCAGUUACAUCUUUGAAACCAGAAGAUGCAUCUGAUCCAAAUCGAGUGAAAUGUGUGGUGGACACUCAUGGAUAUGCAAUAUAUUUUUCAAGGGGUCUGAUCCCAUAUAACAAAUCAGGGAACAUCAAUCCACACUUCCCAUAUUUACUUCAUCUUGGUAUCCAGAGCUAUGAUGCACAGUUUUUAAAGAUAUAUCCAGAGCUUACAUCUACUCCAUUGCAACUAGAAGAAGAUUUAGAGCAGCUUAAAGUCCUUGAGAAUGGGUAUAAGAUGAAGGUGAUCAAGGUUGACCAUGAUGCUCAUGGGGUGGACACUCCAGAGGAUGUGGAGAAGAUAGAAUCUCUGAUGCGGGAAAGAAAUUUGCCUUAGUUCUUAACCAAAAAGUUAGAAGAAAGAGAGAGAACCUAAUUAUUAGCUUAUCUAUAAUGGGAAUUUGCAGGAUUCAGAAGUUCUUAUGGCGGAUUCAAUGGCCUCCACUCUAAUAAAGUUCAGACUUCUGGUCCCAUCAUUUUGUUUCUCUAAUUUUAGAGGCGUAGCCCUAAGCCCCUUUGUACUGGUUCUCUUGCUUGUUUUAAUGGACUAGGAUUCCAUAGAAUUCUUAGGUAUAUUUCUUUGUAAAUU